CAUAAAUUUAAUCAGAUUGGAUUUAUGACAAUGUAAUUUAUAAAGAUGCAAGCAGGGGGAAUUAGAAAAAAAUGGUUUUAUGGGGGGAAGAAAUAAUCCUUGUAUAGUUUUUGUUUCUCUGGUGCUGCAAAGCAAAUGGGGAAGAGCAUGUAGGUUUCUUUUUCGUGUGUUUUUUAUGCUUAUUUUACUUCCUGUUAAACGUGGUUCUGUGCUGCGCAACAAGGGAAGAAACCAAUGACGGACACCCACACAAAUGGAGGGCAGUGAAACCGUAAAAAAGUGUUAUCAAACCCUCUUUGGUGACAGCAAACAGUUACUGUAAAAGAAGGAUCGUGAUAAACGCACGGGCAUGUUGGAAAACCCCAGCUCUUUCAUUUGUUGGAAUAGUGCAGGUGAUCUAGACCGAAAUGUGGGCGGAGCCACCGUCUGGCAGGUAGAAGCUUUCUUUUUAGUUAAAACCCGGCUUUAACGCACACCGAUUCUUAGCUGGACAAACAACAUCUUCAAGUUGACACCUUCCAAAGGGUAUUUGUGGGGAGUCCAGCGGAUUUACAGAGCCAAUAAUGGAAACCGCAUCAGAAAAAAACAAGCCUGCUCAUGGCCAGCUGAUCUCUGUUCCUCACAAGGACACAGUUCGUCUCCUAGAGGUGUACGUCAAGCGGAGCAUCAGCCUAAAUGACGGCAAACUAGAAGAAAAGCGCCAUAAAGGAAAGGAAAAAUGGGUGACCGUGUCCAAAAAAGUUAGACGUUCCUCCAGUGAUCCUUCGCUCCACUUGGCUGAUGAACCGAUGCAGAAGGAAGCUGAUGUUUUCUUUGAGGACGUUCCUCCAUCGAAUGUGGCAGAAAGUCUUCCCGCAGAGUCUGAUAAAUCGCUCAAGAAGAGGAAGAAGAGCAAGAAACCACCGUUUUGGAAAAAUCUAUUUGGCUUUUUGUCUCCAAAGACCAACAAUGACAAGGCAGAUGAGCCGGAUGGUCCAGCGGGGAACUUUGAUGGCGCUGAUUCUGUCACUACGUGCCUCAACACAACUUCAGUCAAUCAGCAAAAGAAAACUUUACGUAAAAAGUCUUUGAAGAGACGGUUCUCAAAAAAACGUCUUUCUAUUAAAACCUUGAAAGACUUCAACCCUUCUGACAUCACAGGAGUAGAAGCUGUCGUCAGUGUUGAACCGACAUACUCAUACUACGAAAAAGUGUCAGAGGAACUGGAAAGGAUUGUGCACGAGGUCAAAGAGGAAACAGAAACUCCCUCAGACGAGGAACUGAUCAAAAGGAUUGCUGCUUUGACCAUAGAGCACGGGGAUGCCAUAGAUAUUCAGAUGAAAAAGAAUCCCAUCCUAAACAGCUUCUUUGGGCAGAUGACGUACUCCUCCUUCCAGAAGCUGGUGGAUGCAUACCUGGAGAAACGAGUGACGCCUGUGGCGAAUCCUCCCACCGUCCCUCCCACUGCCCCAGAGCUGGUCAAACUGGCCUUCACUCUCGACUUCACUGCCAGGGUUGCUGGACUCUCAAAACAGAAUGUGGGCCAUAUUACAUGCCUUGGGAAAAGCUAUCUGCAGAAUCGAUUUGAAUACAAACAGGUAUGUUCGGAUCAUCCCUGGUCUGACAGCGACUAAGAGGAAGCGACCCCCUAAAGGCAGCAUUUAAAAAUUCUUCCAUUGCACUAAACCGCUGGUGGACCACGACAACAUCAACAGCUCGCAACUUCCUCUUCUUAAUUUAAUUAAACACGCAGAGCUUCUAAUCAGAUAUGAAAAUAUUACAGUUUUUUUUCUGAAUUUUAAUCGUCUGUGACUUAAAGAAUGUGAUGUAGCAGAGUGUUUGAUAAGAUGUGCAUUUUCUAAUGUAUACAGAUGUGAAGGAUCUACUCAAAGAGUGAGAUCUGAGCUUGCACACAGGCCAAAGCACAGAACUGUGAGAAGGCAGCAGCACUACAAAUAUGUUCCUUUUUAUUUUAAUUGUUGGUGCAAUAAUUGUACAGAUGUUAAUAUAUAAGAAUAUUUUAAAUACUGUAUGUUUAUGAAUGCUGGCAUUCAUAUUUUCUACUAAAAAGAUACCUGAUGUCAAAUUUUUAUUAUCUUAAUAAAAAAAAGCUGUUUCGAAUC